ACGCAGAAAACUUGCUUUCAAGCAGUUGAUUUUUAUCAGUGUUUCCAAACACAAAGCUGCAAAUCGCGUUUUUAUUAUAAGCAAUUGGUUGUGAAAUUUUUUUUUAACUCUUCAGUUCCUGAUGCUUGUCCAGAGACUUUUUUCCAUCAUGAAAUGCAUGGAAAGCGUUUUCAAGGUACUCAGAUGGAGACAAAACACGGAAAACAGGAUGUUUUUCCUACCAAGCUUGUCAUGCAUUACAAAGACCAAUGCACACCUCAGACCUCUCCCACCCUUGGAACAAAAAAGAUAUGUUAAUGACCAUUCACUCACCUCAAAUUCCUCAUGA